AUGACAAAAGCGCCUAUUCUAUUGUAUGCGCAACAUAAUAUAACACAAUCCAACGCAAGAUACUGCAUGGUACACCUGCCUUACGUUAAUGGGAUAUUAAACCUCAUGGGUCGCAGUACAACUGGUCAAUCUAGUCCUGUGAUUGAAGUUAAACCGUCAUUUUGUUGGGAUUCAAUGUUGGUACGACUAGCUGGAUUCUCUGGGGCAUUGGCUGUUAUUGCGAGCGCUUAUGGUGCUCAUGGUUUCAAAGAUGAACAAGAUAAACAAAGACAAAUUUUCAAAACUGGGGCUUAUUAUCAUUUGGUUCAUUCGGUGGCUUUGCUAACCACGCCUUUAUUCAGACGUCCUGUUUUGUCUGCUACUCUUUUCGCCACUGGAACUCUACUAUUCUCUGGUUCAUGCUAUUAUGUGGCUCUAACUGGAGAUGAUCGAUUUUCUAGAAUAGCACCUAUUGGUGGCAUGACCCUUGAAGGAAUCAUCGGAGAUAUGACUACAACUACAUUUUGUGGUACACCGAAUUAUAUAGCUCCUGAAAUACUGAAAGGAGAAAGUUAUAGUUUCAGUGUUGACUGGUGGGCCUUAGGGGUACUUAUGUUUGAGAUGUUAGCUGGUCGAUCUCCUUGGGAAGGUGUUGGACAGUCAGCUAAUCCAGAUCAAAAUACUGAGGAUUAUUUAUUUCAAAGUUAGUCCUAUUUUGUUUUAUUAACCAUAGUGGGCGUUUUAUUUGGAUUCUGGCAUCUUUGUGAUUUGUAGUUUAAUUUCCUCUGUAUAGCCGUAUCGUGAAUGCAAUUAUGUGAAUCAGUUAAUUAGGCGAUGAAUGGCGCCGAGUCUUACACCAGAAUUUCGUCUUCAGAAUCGAAAAUAGUAGUUGCGCGUCCGACGUUUUGUAGCUGUCCUGGCUCAUAAUCACCAACAACCAGGAGUUUGUAAGCAGAGGUGGAUGGUGGCUAGCAGUAGGAUCCAGAUUACGCGUUUUGGGACCGGUCACCUAAAUACACUUAUAACUUAAGACAAUCCACACAGGAUGCACAUAUACCAAUAAGAGACUGAUCGAUUGCCGUCCUCAACAUCAAUGGGACGAUUCAAACGACCAAUAUAAAGGUGAACUAGAGGCUUAGUUUUAGUAAGACAACUUUUGUGUUCAGUCGCAUAGAUACAGGUGGUUUUUAUGGAUGCUUACAAUUUUGAACGAAUCACUUCAAAAAGCAGUUCAGUUUACUCAGUUGAACGAUUUUUACCGAAUGUUCUUGUUCUCUAUGGUUGGUGAAUACUGACUCACGUACCGAGGUUAAGAAGGGCUUGUAGGGACGUUUAAGUACUAGGUCACUGCAGGAUAGCUAGCUGACUAAACCCCAAGUUCUUUGUUAUUAUUCACUAACCUCUUUGAAUUUUUCAUGAG